AUGACACCAUGGUUUGUAUCCCCAUUCAAAAAAUCUGGAUAUUUCUACGGUAAAGGAGACCAGAAAGAUACCAUGGUUCAUGUACGACCCCGUUAUAGGUUUGGUUUUGAUCAAAUUAAUAAAGUAUACAAGGUUAUAUGCAUAGGAGAUAUAACUGAAGUUGAAAUGGAUGAUGAAGACGACGACCAUGACAUUGCAGAAUAUAGAGUAUGCGGUGUCUUUACAAUAGCCAGUGGAGGACGACACUGUUCGUGGAAAGAAAAAAAUGUGAGCGAAAAUCGAAGAUGUAUGGUAAAAGAAGACGGCGUACAUCUAAAUGGUUCUAUAUAUUGGACGGAUGCACCAAACUCUAUAGUGGCAUUUAAUGUCGGAAGUGAGGAGUUUGUUGAGUUUCCUAUUCCGCAGGAUUUCUUCGUUAAAGAUGAAAUGAAUGAUUAUGAUUUGAUUGAAGUUAAUGGACGUAUCGCUCUUAUAAAGAGGACAAGAAUGGACACAAUUAGGCUUUGGCAAUUGGUUGCUGAUGACAUGAAGAGGGGGAACUCAGAUUCUACUAGUAGUCAUUGGAUCGAAGAGACUAUAUUGUUUACUUCUAGUCCCUACUCGGAAAAACUUAUGAAUGAGAGGUAUGAUUUUGUAUCAAUUAGUGGGAGUAACUUGAUAAUCCUGGUGCCCAAGGAUAUAGAACAAGAAAGAGAUGAAGUCUUAAUCUAUUGUUACAAUUGGCAAAUGAAGUCUUUUCAGGAGUUUGACAUCACUGGAAUCUUGCCAAUGUUAACGCCCGAAUCUACUUACAGUAUUGCUGGUUACAUGGAGAGCCUUUCUUCACAUGUUUAG